UUCUAGAUUUUGACCUGGAGCAGAAUGUAUAUAAAGUAUAUUAUCUUGGAGGGGUUUAAGAGCUAUAAAGAGAAGACUGUUCUAGGACCCCUGGAUCAAGGACAGAACACUCUUCUAGGAAAGAAUGGAGCAGGAAAAUCAAACUUCUUCUGUGCUGUGGAGCUUAUAUUCUCAGAAAAGUACUUCAACCUCAACUCAAAGCAGCGUUCUUCAUUCAUCCACAACUGCCAGGAGUCAAGGUCACUGAAGGCGAUCGUGGAGAUUAUCUUCGAUAACUCUGACCGAAGGUUCCCUGUAGAGAAGGAUGAGUUUUCUGUCAAGAGGAUGGUUGGGAUGAAGGAGGAUUGUAUUCUUAUAGAUCAUAAGAAAGUGACCCGAGCCGAGUUAAGAAACCUGCUGGCAACUGCUGGAUUUAGAUCCGAAAACCCGUACAAUAUUGUCAGACAGGGACAAAUUAGCUUAUUCUCAACUGCAUCAGAUGCAACAAGACUGGACAUCGUAAAGAAAAUUGCUGGAGAUUCUAGUUUUGAGACUCGGGAUCCGAAAAUUAGUGAGAAUCUGGCGAGUGUAAACCGGACUCUAAAGGGGAUUGAAGAGGAGAUUGGAGAACUUGAGAAAAAAAGUGAAGAGCUGAAUCAAGAACGUAAAGCUCUAAAGGAUUUCAACAAUCUUAAUAACAAGAAGAAAUGUCUUGAGUUUGCUCUGUUUUCAAAGGAACUGGAGGAGAUAAGGGAGAAGAAGAAAGCGUUCGAGAUGCGUCAUCUCAAUGGAGACAUUAACAAUCUGAAGGAUGUUACGGCAGAUUUACAGGAGAUAAAAGAAGGCUUAAAGGAACUAAGGAUGGAAGUUGACCAGCUCAAGAGUAGCCUAGACGUGACACAGGAAAGCAAGGAUCAGGAGGAGAAGAAGAUGGAGAGGUUGUCCCACGAGAUGGUCAGGUUAAAGCUCUCCAUCAAGGAUAUUCAAGAAACCCAGUCACAGGAUAUUUCAGGUGAGCUGGAAGAUGCUAAGAAUGAAUUGAAUACUGGAGUUAGUAAGGUUGAUAAGAUGCGAGAAGAGGCUGCUGAUCUAGCUCAGGAAGUUGAAGGGAUUAGUCUAAAUAUUGAUACUAAGCAAAAGAGAAGCAACUGGAUUAGGACGAAGACAACCCACGGAGAUCAGUUUAAAACCCGCAAGGAUCGGGACACCUGGCUCUGCAACCAGAUCAAGGAGGAGAAGACGAACCUGACCAACCUGGAGACAGGUUUAGCGGAGCUCAGGGAGGCAGAGGAGAACAUCAAGACGGAGCUAACUCAGAUCGAUAGUGUGCACCAGGAGAAGAAGGAGGAAAUAAGGGAUAUAAAAUCAAGGAUUGAAGGUGAUCAAGAUAAGAAGAUGGACCUAGAGAAGGAGAAGGCUAACACAAUGAGUCAGUUUUUAUCCCUUGAAGGAUCUGUCAGGAAUGGUAACUUUGAGCAGGAUAGGUUAGAGCAGCUGACUACAGCAAGAUGGAGAGAGAUUGCUUCAACAAGAGCUGAAAUAAAUAGUAUCAACGCAGCCCAGACUAUUGAGGAGGUAGUGGAUGGAGCUGAUGAGAGGAUACAAGAUGGAUACUAUGGUAUGGUUGCCAGUCUGCUGGACUGUGAUGAGAACCUGUACACUGUAGUUCAUGGGAUUGGUGGGAUGAAGAUGUAUCACCACGUGGUCUCCACCAAGGACGUGGCUAACUAUAUUAUCAAGGAAUGCAACAGGAGAGGAUUAAAAGGAGAGUUCAAUUUCCUUCCUUUGGAUCAGCUUAGGCCAAAGAAACUUGGUGAAUUCCAGAACACUAAACAUGCUAUACUUCUUCUACCUAAACUAAGAUUCAGGGAGGAGUAUAUGGCUUGCAUGAAGUUUCUCUUCGGAAGCUGGGUUCUUUGCAAGAACACUGAUGUUGCGGUUGAAGUUUCUAGAAAAUAUAAAGAUUACAAUUUCAUAACUACUGAUGGAGAUAAGGUGGAGAGUAAAGGAGUUAUGGUUGGAGGGACCAGGAGACCAAACAAUAUGUUCAAAAGAUUCCAUCAAUACACAACUAGUUUGGAUGAGUUGAAUGAGCAGAGAGAAAAGUUGAAGGAGGACAAGGAGAACUUUAUCAAGCUGGACCAAGAGAGGCGUAGUAUAGAAACAGAGUUGGAGAAAAUAGAGAAUAGAUCCAGCAGGAACUCUCAUACGGUGGAGCGUUUACAGUCAGAUCUCAGGUUACUGGUGGAGAGGAGGAAUGGGUUAAAGGAGCAGGAGAGCAGGGAUCUUAUCUCUCUUAGAAAGAAGUUGAGCGAGAUGGAGAGUUCUAAGACAAGGAUAUCAGAGUUGGAAGCAGAGUUAAGGGUAGAAAUGAAAUCCAGGUUGAGUACGGCAGAGAGAAGUGAAUUGGAGAACCUAGAUAAAGAGCUGAAAGUCCUGAAUAAGAAGUUUAAGAGUCUCUCCAGUAAACUUAAUAUUCAGAAUAUGCAGAUUCAAGAUGCAGUAAACGAUGUUGAACUAAAGCUGAAGCGGAGGGUGGAUGAGCUGAAGGAUAGAAAGGAAGGUUCUACCUCUAGACAAAUAGAAUUAGGAAACCUGAAUUCUGCUCUAUCCAUCACCAUACUGCAGAGGAAUGCCUGUAAGAUCGCACUCGGAGACCUGAAGGAGACAGAGUUAAAGCAGAUCGCAGAUCUUCAAGCAAGAAAUGUCGAGGUUGAGAAGAUGGAAGGUCAGAAGGUUAGACUAAAUGAACAGAAGGAGAAGAUUUCUGCCAAGCUGUCAAGGUUUGAGGAAGAGAAGCUUGGAUUUGAGAAGAGAAAAAUGGGAUUGGAGAAAUCAAUUUUAGAGCUGGGAGCUGUGAAGGAUUUUAAGAAACGGUAUAUGGAAUCCAGUAAGAAGACUCUUCUUUCAGCUAUAAAAACUAUCAAUGAACAGCUCAAUGGCAUGGAGAACAUCAACCACAGGUGUGAUUACGACUACACCAUGGUAGAGGAGAACAAGGCCUGGAUGGAGGGACAGCUGGAGAGUAUCCUGGAGGAGUUCGAAGCUACCAAACAAACACAUCAGAUGUUAAAGGAGAAGAGGGUGGAACAGAUAAGCUUCACCUUUACCCAGGUUCAGAAAUAUUUUGAGGAACUGUUCAAGAUUGUUGUACCCAAUGGGCAUGGAGAGCUCCUGAUCAAGGUACCGGAUGGAGAGGAUCAUUCUAUAGAAAAUGCUACAGGUUUGGAGAUCAAGGUAUCCUUCACUAAAUCCAAGGGACAUCUAAAGAACCUAAGUUCUCUCUCUGGAGGACAGAAAGCUACCAUCAGUCUCAUCUUCAUACUCGCAAUCCAGAAAUGUGAUCCUGCUCCCUUCUAUCUAUUUGACGAGGUGGAUGCUGCUCUGGACGCUGAGCAUAGAACUGCUAUAGCAAAGCUUGUGCGAGCUCAAGCUUCAUCUGCUCAGUUUGUCUGCACAACUUUUAGAUCUGAGCUGGCUGAAGAGUCAGACAUGUACUUCGGAGUGAUGAUAAGAAAUAACGUGAGCAAAGUGAAACAGAUCAAUAAAGAGGAUGCUCAGCAGUUCCUCAAGGGUUUGGAGAGACAGAAUUGAGAUCUCAUCCUCAGCGAACAGAUCCAUUAGUUUCUCCUAGAAUUAAACCAGUCCCAAGAAAAUCUUCAGUUUAAAUUGAAAUUCAACAACCUCAGUAACUGCAAAUUAGAUUUAGAAAGUAAUCUACAGUAUUAAAACAAAGAAAGUAAUAUUAGUACCAAAUCAAGAAAAAUCGUUAAAAUCCAAACAAUAAAGUGAUAAUUUGUAUCCUAUCAAAAAGAAAUAUAUUCUAGAAAGUAACUUUGUAAACUUACGAAAGACCAACUGCAAAUGUCAUGUGAUAAAUAAAAAAUGAAAAUA